CAAGUAUUCCGGCGGGCAUGUUCUCCAUCUUUGACUCCGACACUUUCCCAGUGUAGAUGUAGCGGAGGAUUUCUUGAAACACGUCCGGCUCGACGUCUUCAAUUUCGACUUGGAUUGAACCACCGAGUGCCUGGCGGAUCCAUCGAGUGGCGCUGCUGACGAAUUCGGGUGGAGAAAAAGAAUCGAACGGGAUGAGACCAAAUCGAACGGCGUCGGCGUCGUCUAGGGUUUCCCCGACUCAAGUGGAAAAUGGGGGGCGGAGUCGACGCUGUGUGCCGUCAUCGAUCGCUGGGGCCCGCAAGGAGACCGAGGGAAGUGCUGCCUUGAUAUCAAAUAACCUACUCUCUCCCCCCUCUCUCUCUCUCCAUCCCUUUUCUGAUCCAGCAGGGUGGAAAGAAAAAGAAAAAUCCAAAAAGAAAGAGAGAGCGCCACCGUCGCCAUUCUCGUCUGGGUUCCUAGCCAGGAUCGGCAGUUGUGUCUACCAGUUGGCCCACAUUCACUCCUCACUACUAGAUCGACUCGAUUGUUGGCGCUCUUCGAAACUGCUCUCAAUCAGUUUCGCACUAUUCCGAAUAUUCAUUCCGGAAUAUUCAGCCAUCCGAAAAAUAAAAAAACUUGAUAAACUCGUCGGUGUGUGUGUGUGUGUGUGAUUUGAAGCUCCGGAUUUUUGGAUUUGAGUGUUUAUUCGUGCCGGAAUUUACGUUCUAGACAAACAGCAAAUUUUGAUUUCAAUUCUUUUUUGAAGAAUUUUGGAUUUUAAGUUUGCCGGCGUGUGUGUUGUGUGUGUGUGUGUUAGUGGUGUGUGUGUCGUUCUUAUUAGACGUAGAAUAGAAUCGGGUGCGUCGUGUGCCGCCAUGUUGUCGUGCCGACCGUGAAAUCCAGCCAGCGUAUCCGCAUCUAUUCCGUUCUCCGGGGCUGUCAUCAAAAUAAUUUUUAUUCAAGAAAACAAAUUUGUCGCCGACCCGAAUUUAAACAACGAAUUUCAAAUUCAAUUUUAAAAAGGAAGAAACAAAAUGGCUCACGGGCACGUUGGAUGGCCGCUCUUUCGGUGAUGCCGACGGACCAGCGGGAUCGACGUCGAUGCAGGGAAAUAAUAUUUGAAGGAGGUGGAAAAAGAUGACGACUGCUGCUUAAGCCAAUCGAAUGGUCUCGGCUGGCCGUCGCCCAUUCGUUGCGUCAUCAUCGCCGUCAUUUGUUGAACGAGUUAAAUCUGAUCGCGACUGGACAAGGACGACGACCGGAUCUUGUUCAUCGCCACGAGUAAUAUCAGCCGGAACGACACGGAGAAGGGGAGAGCCGCGCCAUGCUCUGCUGCGGACGGAAAAAGGAUGGGCACAAGGAGCAUCCGGUGGAGAUGGCGGCCAGUCCGCGUCGACAAGGAGCCAAUUCGGCGGCGGCGGCUUCCGAGACGGGCGUUUUACUGGGCGCCGCCGGAGCCUCAGGAAAUCCGUCAUCUCAUUACCAAACAACUGGAGGCGGCGGAGGCGGAGGCGGUGGUGGCGGAUCGGGUGCAAUGCAUCCGCUUUCAUCCGUCGCCGCCGGCACUUUGGACCAGCACCGACUGGGCCCCCAUUCAUCGCCUGGACUUCGCUCCAUGGUCGUCCAAAGUGACUUUCGCAAGGUGAGCGGAAUCUCGACCGAGAUCUUCCGGCAGAUCGAGACGGUGGAGAACGACCACAACGACGCCACGACGGCCGCCGCCCUGGAGGCGGUCGAAAGGCGUGGAGAAAUGCUGGUCCGCGUUCUCGACCCACGCCAGAUGGGCAGGACGGCCUCUGAAGCUGCCCGUUCCUUCCUCACCGUCCAAGAUCCAAAGUAUUCUGUACAUUUUGUGGAAAUCGUCAAACGGCCCGGCCAGACGCUGGGCCUGUACAUCCGCGAAGGCAACGGAAUCGAUCGAUCCGACGGCGUCUUCAUCUCCCGCAUCGCCCUCGAGAGUUCCGUCUACAACUCCGGAUGUCUCAGGGUGGGCGACGAAAUCCUGGCCAUCAAUUUGGUGGACGUGACGCGGAUGAGUUUGGACGACGUGGUCAUCGUCAUGUCGAUCCCGCGCCGGUUGGUGCUCACCACUCGACAGAGGAGAGGUCCAGCAGGUGCCGUUUCGCCGCCUCCGCCGCGUCCGGAGCACAAACCGACUCCCGUUGUCGUCCUCAAGCGCGGAGUCCAGCCGGAAGAGCCGCCGGACAAUGACUCGACCAGCAAUUCCAACAGCAACAACGGCGAUCGCUUCCAGCAAUAUCCUUACGGCGGAGGUGGAGGUGGAGGAGGAUUAGGGCCGUCCAGGUUUCUCACGACGGGCAAACCGUUGCCCGGCAUGGCCGAUUUGCCCAUUCACGGAACUUUCCCGCGCGGCAACCGCGAACGAACCGAGCAACAACAACGGGAUCUCUUCCGGGAACGGGAAGCCGGAAGGUAUCCCGAGCGGGCCGGCGAUGAUUCCAUCAGCAUCCGCCAACAACAGCAACAACAACAGGACGCCAUGGAUCAUUAUUACGGCAACUACCGGAUGCAGGAGCAGCAACAACAACAGCAACAACAGCAGCGAUACCAACCUGGACGUCCAGGUGGCGGUGGGACCCUGGAACGGCCUGGCAAACACCCCAGCAGCCUGGGCGGUGGCGGCGGCGGUGGGGGUGGUGAAGGUAUGACGCAUCACAGCAUUGACUCAUACCAUCCCCCGCCUCCUCUGCCUCCAGUGACGGAACAGCCCAAGCCCGGAAUGACCAACUCCUCGUCCACCCACCAUUUCCACCAACACCCGUUCGACCGGUCGGCCGGUUUCGGUCCUAAAACUUUGGAAUCUUUGGCAGAGCGGGUCCAUCCCUUUUACGGGCUGUCCCUCGGGCCGCCCGGAAGCGGGUCCGGCGGAUCACUCGGCCAGCAGCAACACCAGCACCAGACGGCCACCCUGGGCCGAUCUUCCACCCUGGGCAGGGCUCACAGGGGAGGAUCGGUGGCUGGCGGAUCGGGUCCAGGAUCCACCAUGUCCCUGAUGAGGGGAACAGCCGGAACCAACCGUCUGACCCGCAGCGGAAGCGAUCAGAGGCUGCCCAUGGUCGAGCAGAGCGGAUCGGCGGAUGUUUACGGAUACGCCAGGGGAAAAAUCGGAUCCAAUUACGGCACCACCGGACGGACUGGCCAGUCACAGCAGCAGCAGCAGCCGGACGCGGCCACUCGACUGGGCCUGACGCACCGGCGGAGGACUUCCGUCGACUACGCCUCGGAUACGGAGGCAUCCAUCCGGAGUUACAGCCACUCUGCCAGAAGAGGCUUCUCGGUGGAAGGAUCGUCGGGCAGCUGGAAAGCUCCGCCGCCUCUGCUGGGCCUGGGAAUCACGCCCACCACCCCGACGUCCGUCUCGUUCCAUCCGAGCCAGCCGGAUUCCCGGUCGAAUUCCCUUCCGCGCGAUCGCGGAGGUGGAUCGUCGUCGGGAUCGAGUCGAUUCCGGCGGGAAGUCCAUUUCGAGCAGACGAGCCUGACGAGGCCGGGCCAGGCUUCCAGCCUGCUGGACAACACGGACGACAGCGACGGGGCCGUCUCGGCUCCGGAGAUGACCGUCUCGCAGAAGCAGAAGCAACUCCAGCGGCUGAGCCAGCAGCAGCAACAUCUCCAGCAGCAGCAAUUGCUCUACAGCCGGGGGAUCCUGCCCGGCAGCGCGGCUCCGCUCUCCAAAUUGCCCGGCGGCAUGUUGCCGGGCAACUUUACGGCCGCCGAGUACAAGGCCUGGAUGCAGCGGGCUCCCUCAACCAGCGCCAUCUACGAGCGGCUGCGCCAAAGUCGAGACGCCAUCGAAGCCCAUCGAGUGGCCAAAUUGACGUUCAGCGCCGAAAAUCUGGUCGAAAAAGCCAAACAGGAGAUACCGUACUAUGCCUAUCGAUCCCACUUUACGGCGACGCCUAACGCCGGCGGAUCGUUGCUGCUGGACGAGAGUGACAACCCGUCGUCACUUGGGGGCGGUGGUGGUGGUGGCGGCCAGGGGAUUGGAGGAGGGAGCAAAAGUCUGAUGGUGGCCAGGUCCGGCUCGAGUGGCGCCGUGGCGGAAUUGCAGCCGGAAACGCCCCGAGGCGGCAUUCCUCAACCGACGCCCGCCAACCCCAACGCCGCCAGGUCUACCGAUCCUCGAUUCAAAUUAUUGGAAAUUAAUCCGGCCGAUUUCAUCAAAUACCGGAGCGAAAGGCCCAACGGGACCACGCCCACCCCGCAUCAAAUGGCCAAUCCCAACGGCUCUAGUGGAAUGACGACGCCUUCAACCACCGCCGGAGGACAACCAGGACCCGCCCCGGGCGGCGGAAUCGAAGAAGGUGUCAGCGGACUCUUAUGGAUUCAUUUGCUGGCCGGAAGAGGAUUGAGAUCGACGUCGUCGCGGCUGGAACCCGUCCGCGACUUGUACUGCGUCCUGGAGUGCGACCGGGCCCACAAGGCCCGGACGGUGAUCCGCUCUGGCGACAUCAAUUUCGACUGGGACGAAACGUUCGACCUGGACUUGGUGGUGAACCGGGAGCUGGACUUUUUGAUUUACUCGUGGGAUCCGCAGCUGAGGCACCGGCUCUGCUUCAAGGGAUCGCUCCACCUGGUGCCGCUGGUCAGGGAGUCGACCAUCCACCAGGUGGCACUCAAAGUCGAGCCCAGGGGCACCCUCUACCUCAAGCUGCGCUACACCGAGCCCAGGACGGCCUUCCGGCGCUCGCCGGCCGGCCGCAAAACGCCUCCGCCGCUCUUUGGCGUCGACCUGGAGACGGUGGUGACCCGGGAGGGUGGCAACAACGUCUCGGCCGUCUCCGCCCAGCUGAUGACGGGCGGCAACGGCGGAGUGCCGAUCCUGGUCCAGAAGUGCGUCGAGGAAGUGGAGCGGCGCGGGAUGGACAUUGUCGGCCUCUACCGGCUCUGCGGUUCGGCAACCAAGAAGCGCAUCCUCCGCGAAGCCUUUGAGCGAAAUCCCCGGCUGGUGGACCUCUCGCCGGACAGCGUGCCGGACAUCAACGUCAUCACAGGGUUGCUGAAAGAGUAUUUGAGGGAGUUGCCGGAACCGCUUUUGACGAAAUGCCUUUACCAGAUGCUGGUGGAUGCGUUGGCCGUUUGCCUGCCGGACGACCCCGAGGGCAAUGCCAAACUCAUGUUCUCCAUUCUCGAGUGCCUGCCCAAAGGCAACCGGACGACGCUGUUUUUGUUGAUGGACCAUUUGUGUCUAGUGACGGCCCAGUCGGACCGCAAUAAAAUGACGCCGCAGAAUCUGGCCAUCUGCUUCGGUCCGGUGCUGAUGCUGCACUCUGACGACGGAUCGACACUCUCGUCGUCUUCAUCCUCCUCCUCAUCCGGCGGAUUGGAUUUCCAGAAGCCGAUCGGCGUGCUGAAGUACCUGCUGCAAAUCUGGCCGAUGAAGUCAGACAGCUCGGGCAGUGGAAGCAGCGGCGACAGCCAGCUCGACGCUCCGACGCAUCCAGCAACAGCAGCUGCAGCUGCAGCAGCCAACAGCCUCGGCAGCAGCUCAACGGCAGCCCUCGCCGCAGCCGCCGCAGCCGCCAAUUCCGCCGCCGCCCAUCAACACCAACAUCAACUCCAUCACCAUCACGGCAAUCCCAUCCACUUCCUCCACAGUCUCCACCAGCAGCAACAACAGCAGCAGCAACAACACUACGGCCCAACUGCUGGCGGCCUCGCUGGCUCAUCAGCCAGGGCCGUCCUCGGCAGUCGGCCACCGGGCUGCUGACCGACGGCUGGACCUCCCACCUUUGCCGCCCAGGCCGGCCCCCAAGGUCCUCCAGCCCAGAGGUUCCACCAUGGCCGGAGGUGGUGGUAGCAACAACAACAACAACAACAGCGUCAAAUCGGGUCUGCGGGGCCCACCAUCGGCGGAUGCCAUCCUUCGAGGCGAGGCGGACGGAUCUCCGGCUCCUCUGUCGACCGACUCGGCGGCCGGUGCUGGAUCUGAAACGCCGUCGCUGACGUCGCCGACGUCCACCACGUCCACCACGACGUCGCUCAACAGUCCGGUUCAACAGCAACGGGCCGAUUCCAGCCGGGGACGGAUGCCCUGCAAAGAUUUCGACAGCGAAGACGACGAGCUGGACAUGAGCAUGCACCAUCCGGCACCCACAGCAUCCGCCGGAAGAAUGCUCAGCCACAAAGACGAUCCAUCAGCUGCCGGCCUAGUGACGGCCGAUGACACCGACCAAGGCGAAUCCGAUCUAGAGAGUCCGAAUUAAAGAAAUUAAUUUAAUCCAGCGCGGAAUUUGAAAAACCAAAAAAAGACCCACCGAGUUAUUUCAAUUCGUAAUAAAUCAAUUAAAAAAUGGCGUUGAAUAAUUUGAAACAUUUGUGUAAAAGGCAAAGAAGAAGACAAAGAAAACGGACCAAUCCAUCUUCUACUACUUCUUCCCUUCUCCCUCUUCCCUCCUCUUUUUCCUCCUACACAUUUUAAAUAGACGCACUUAAUAUAUUAUUAUAGAUCUUUUUUUUUUGAAUUUUAAUUUGAACGCAUAUCAGCGAUCGGGGCUGGUCUCUUCUCACACAAUAAUUCAAUGUUUUAAUUUUCCCGCUUUAUUUGGACGUUUGAAAUAAAUUCAAACGAAUCAAACGGCGCCAUCUCACACAGUAAUAAUUUUUGAAAAAGAAUUACAUUUUCUUCGUUAAAUUAUAGGUGAAAAACCGAAAAAAUUGCCCCAAGUUGGAUUUGAAUAAUUAGUUGUGUUAUUUAUUUGUGGUUUAUUAUUAUAUAUCAAUUCAUUGGCCGUCGAUGUUUGAUCAAUCAGCACGAAGCUUUUCUUGGACCGUCCCCCCAACCCAACUCUCUCCUACCACUUUUCUAUAUUCUGGUCGUUGUUUUUUUUUCUUUCUUCUUCCAUUUUUUAAAAAAUCGAAUCUCAAAUCAAUCAGAUUUAAUUUUAAACCAAAAAAAAUGGGUCGUUUUUUUUUAAUUAAAUAACAUUCAUAUCGAAUUGGCUUUUUAAAGAAUAAUGGGAACCGUUUUAAAUUGAGAAUUAUAUAUAAAAAUUGGCUUGUCUCUCUCUCUCUCGCUACGAUUUUGAUUUAAGUUUUUAAUUUUUUAUUUGUCGCUGUCGUCGUUUUUAUUCGGGCAUUAUGCAACCACACACUGCCAGGUUCGUUCCUUUUUGUAUUUAAAAAUGCUGUGCGGAAAAGAAAAGAAAAAUAAUGUUAUUUGAACAAAUUGUUUUGUUUUUUUUUCUCGCUAAUCGUCUCACAAACCAAAAGGAACUGUUACUUUGAUUUCAACUUGUCUAACCUUCCAUCGAUUCUUAAUUUAAUUGAAUAUCAAUCUCCCCACCCCCCUCAUUUUGAUUUGGUUGAUUUUGAAACAAAAAUCCCGCUGAAAACUGUGUGCCAUCUUUCUCCCGUCAUAUUCUUUGUGUUCUCACUUUUGUACCAAAUGCCGAGAGAACUCGAUUGAUUUCCUCGUGUGAAUAAUUUGUCGAUUGACGGAUCUCGAUUGGUCUUAUUAUUAUUAUUCGGUUGUCCUUUUUAUUUAUUAUUUUAUUUGUUAAAAAAACAACAUUUGGAACGACGUUUUGUAAAUCUGUUUACAAACUAAUUCAAAACCCACGUUGGAAAUUUGUUAUUGAUUUUUUUCCUUUUUUUAUUUGAAUUUCUAAUUGAAAAGAAAAAAAAAACAGAAAAAUUUAAGAUGAUCGAUUCUCUUGUACACGCAUCCGCACUUUAUGUGUUUAUUGAAUUGUCUGGGUUUCCUCGAAAUAGUGACAUUUUCAAAACUCUAUUUCCACGUUUUCGCCCAUUUCAUUUUCGUGAACAUGUUUUGACAUGGAAAAAAGAUCGUGUGAGUUUCUACUAACUGGUUGGUUGGAUAAUAAAAACAAAAUACACAACAACACACACCGUU